GUGAAAGUGUUGUAGGUUGUCUCACUCACUCUCAGUUUUGUCUGGUGCCCAUUAUGUUGACCGACCGGAGUGGACAACAACUGUUAUUUACAAGAAUCCCGUGUUAAUCGAUUUCCAUUUAAAACCGCUGGAAGAGCUGGAGGUGCAGUCAAGAUGGGACGAUAAUGCGGCGGGACCAAUUAAUGGGACACGAUGACGACCUGGUUGCCGAUGAAGAGGAUGAAAUUCUUCACCCUUGUGAUUGGAUUCUUAAUUUCGGAAAUUGGAUUAACUCAACAGCACUUGAGGGUCGGAGGAGCCGUUAACCUUUUUGGAAGAUUCGGCUACUUGAGCAUCUCGAUGAGGGUCGUCCCGAGGAACGAUUCGGACGGGAAAUGGGUGUUUCGCGAGCCGAUGCUAGACGUCUUCAAGUCUCUGCCUACGACAAAGCGAGUGAUCGACAAUUCGGAGAACACAGUUUUUCACGGCGACUUCUACAUGGAGUUCUGCGACGAUGUCCAGCAACUUCUCCAGGCUUAUUUCCGAGAGUUCAGCAUCGAGCGACUCGACGAACCGUGGAGAGCGUUCACAGGGAGCUGGUCGGACGUCACCCUGGCUCGCAACCUGGGCUUGAACGUCAGCUACGUCGGCAGCGGGCACUGCUACGUCCUCCUCAGGCUUUCAAGGCACAGGGACUCGGCUUACCUCCCUGAACACUUUGACUUGAGCACGGUCACCCUCCAAGACUCCGUCGCCGCGCAGGCCGCCAGGCUCAAAGUCGGAAAUGUGCCUAGUGUCAGGGAUUUUGUCAAGAAUUUUGGAUCUCAUUAUGUUAGUUCGUACGUGACUGGAAAUUCCCUAUAUCAGGUGCUGGUGUACACCCCGGCCGUCUACAGCGAACUUAAAGAAAAGCUGCAGAACGCAGGCCUGUCGGCUCUGGAGUCGAAGGAGAUAAUAGACUUUUUCUCGCCGCAGAACGCAGAGCAUUUCGGCCUGGUCCUGGCCGCCAGUGGAAAUUCAACCCUCGCCCAAUGGGCCCAGUCAUCCCUCAGCGGCACCUCCUACUUCAUCAAGUACUCCAGCCUUUUAAAACUGAGAGGAAACAUCAAACUACUUAAAGAAUUAGAUUCACUUCUAGGAAACGAAGCUUUACUACAACUUAGUCUACGUACACUCGCUCCCGUCUUUAAAGAUAAGUACAAAAGCGAUUGGUUUGUCGAAGUCGUUGAUAAUCACCUGAAACUGUGGGAACUAAACAUGUGAUAUAUGUUUAAGAAAGAUGAAUAAACGGCUACAAGUUUAAGUUAUAUACAUAUAAGAAUAAAUGUACACACAAGAAUUAUUAUAAAUUUGUUUUGUUUUGUUUUCA